AUGUCGGAUCCGAAGCACAGCAGAGCGCUGGAAGCCCCCAUUUGCGCAGCAGAUGUAGCAUCAAGCACCAGCGAUGUGGAGGCUGCACGCGACGACGACGACGGCGGCGGCACUACCACCGACCAUUCAGAUGCCGGGGUCGCCGACCUCGGGCGGCUACCAUGGGUUUGCGUCGCGGGAUCAGGCAUGUUCUUGAUCUGCACUUAUGGCUUCAUGCAAGCCAUUGGCACUAUCCAGUCGUACCUGCAGCUAAACCAGCUCAACGACUACACGACCCGAGACGUCGGAUGGAUCAUCGGUGUCUACACGUCGCUGAGCCUGCUCCUCGUGUUGGUCAUGGGCCCCGUCAUGGAUCACUACGGACCGGGUCUCAUGGCGCCCGCGGCGGCUGUGCUGAACAUUGCCAUGUUCUUCCUCCUCGCCGAGUGCGAGCAGUACUGGCAGUUCAUGCUCGUCCUGGGUCUCCUCGGCGGCAUCGGCGCCGCCGCCACCGCGACCGUGGCCGUCUCGACUAUCAGCAAGCUGUUUACCCAUCGACACGGAGCCGCAAUGGGCUGCGCAUUUUCCGCGUCAUGCCUCGGAGGCGUGUUCUUUCCCCUGAUCCUGCAAAAAGUCUUCCCGACGUGGGGUUGGGUCUGGUCGAUCCGAACCCUGGCCUUCAUCGUUACAACUCUCAUGGUGACCGGCUGCCUGUGCCUGCUCCCGGCGGCCAGACUCAUCCGACAGGCAGAGGCGAGCUCGGUCGCGGGGAAAAAGGCAACGUCGGUGCUCCCCAACUUCAAGCCGUUCCGGUCUCUCCCGUUCAGCUUCACCGCCAUCGGCUUCUUCCUUCUCGAGUUUGCCAUGUUUGGCAUUAACGGGCUGCUUCCCACCUUUGCUAUCCGGGCCGGGUUCGCGGAGAAUGCCGGCUACACCUUGAUCGCUCUGACUAACGGCUUCUCGCUGCUGGGACGUCUGCUGCCCGGCAUCGUGGCGGAUUACAUCGGCGCCUUCAACGUUCUCCUCAUCAUGGUCCCCUUUACCUCUAUCUUCACGGCGGCGCUGUUUAUUCCGCUCACCAACAGCGCGGUCGGGCCUUUAUACGCCUUUGCCUGCUUCUGGGGCUUUGGGUCAGGCUCCUGGAUCUCCAUCAUCCCUUGUAGGUGUCGCUGCGCAGCCUCCAAGAACCAGUGGCGCCAUAUUAACAAUUCGACAGUGUGCAUAGCCAAGACUUGUUCUCCUACAAACUUUGGCAGAUAUUAUGGCACGGCCACAUCAAUGGUCAGCAUCGCCGCUUUGACAAGUAUCUCCGCCGCAGGUCAGGUUCUGGAGACUUUCGGCCACAAGGCAGCGUCCGGCCUUUUCCUGGCCGUGGUUGUGCUUGGUGGCAUCAGCAUGUACAUUGCUAAGUCGAUGCUGGUGGGAAGCUUCGUCAAGGUGACCGCAAGGCUCUAA